GCCCCUUCCAGUUAGCGGUAGCGAAAUGUAAACCUGAGUGAUAAAACUCAUUACCAUUCGGAGUUGUCAGACCUGCAUGAACAGCCGCGAUGAUCAUAUAACAUGUCCUGUGAGAAGGAGAAAUCUCUUAAUGGCACGAGGAAGAAGCUCAAAAUAGUUGUUAUUGUGCAAGAAUGAAAAUAAGAUGUACCUAUCUACAUAAACUUCAGUACAGGUGCUACCUCAUCUUCCUGUCACUCCUAAUUGUGUGUCUGCUGAAGUUUGUCUACGUCAAGGUGACUGUGAAAAACAGCCUUUUCAUUGAGCCCUAUGGAAUCACCGCCGGUGCUUCCAGGAAUCAAGCACACAAAAACAUUGACUGCAGUGCAAUUUACAAACUGGAUCCAGUGGCGAUCGGGAAGGCUUUAGAAAUAAGGCGAAAAGAAGUUAUUACUUUGGAAGAUGAGAGUAUUGUGUCCUUAGCUUCAGACUGUCAGAGGUACAUUGUGCUGCGCGGAUAUGCAAAUAUCCCAAUAUCCAGUGAGGAGCGGCUCUUUCCUCUCGCUUACUCGCUGGUCGUGCACAAGGAUGCUCAUAUGGUGGAACGGAUGUUACGGGCAAUCUAUAUGCCUCACAACAUUUACUGCAUUCACUAUGACCAAAAAUCUUCCAGAAGCUUUAUAGCUGCUAUGGAGAACCUGUCCAAGUGUUUCCCAAAUGUUUUUGUGGCGUCCAAGUUGGAGUCGGUACAGUAUGCCCACAUCACAAGACUCAAGGCCGACCUUAACUGUCUGUCAGACCUUCUGCAGUCAGCGGUCAGGUGGAAGUAUGUUAUUAACAUGUGUGGCCAGGACUUCCCCCUGAGGUCGAACUUUGAGCUGGUGUGGGAACUGAAGCAGCUGCAGGGGGCCAACAUGCUGGAGACCAGCCGGCCCAGCGAGCUGAAGAAACAGCGCUUCUCCUUCCAGCAUGAGCUGAAGGCCGUGUCCUUCGAGUACCAGAAACUGCCCGUUAAGACCGCCCACCCCAAAGACCCGCCCCCUCACGGCAUUGAGAUGUUUAUUGGAAGUGCCUAUUUCAUCCUAUCACGUGACUUUGUGCGCCAUGUUUCCCAGAGCCCGGUGGCAAGGGACUUCCUGUCCUGGUCUGCAGACACGUACUCCCCUGAUGAGCACUUCUGGGCCUCGCUGGUGCGGUUGCCGGGGGUUCCGGGGGGGGUGCCCCGCUCCUCGCCUGACAUUACAGACCUGAUGAGCAAGACCCGGCUGGUGAAGUGGAGUUACCUGGAGGGGGCGCUGUAUCCUUCCUGCACGGGCGCUCACCUGCGCAGCGUCUGCGUCUAUGGUGCAGCAGAGCUGCGCUGGCUGCUGCAGUACGGACACUGGUUUGCCAACAAGUUCGACCCCAAAGUGGACCCUGUACUCAUUACGUGCUUGGAGGAGAAACUUGAAGAAAAACAGCGACACUGGGUUGACCUGCAGUCAAAAUGACUGGGGGUGGGUGGGUUUGAGGCAUUUUGGAUGUAUGAGAAAUUCAAUCUAUUAUCUGUGAGAAAAAAAAACAGAAUCAUCUGAUGCACUUUACGUUGAAGAUUUGGUUUCCGAUUAGAACAUUGACCUGCUUCAGGCCUCAAUCUUAGUCUAUCUGAGGAACCCUGCCAAACAGCAGGCAACAACAUUCUGAAAUGAACCUAAUGCAAGGUUAGAUAUUACCUGCAAUAACUGCUUGACACAUGAGUCUUGACACAUUGCAAGAAAUUUAAUUGUGCGAAUGUCUACCCUUUUUGUGCCUUGUAUUGUUUGUACCUUGUACUGAUAAAAUGGGUUAUCUCUUUUUGA